CUCUACUGCCCCCUGCUGGAUGAACACUGGGAUAUAAGACACCUGGCGUUCACAGGUGAACCGAUACACACCUGAGCAACAUCGUAUCACAGUUAUGUCUGGAUGGUUGAAGGACGGGGUGGUGUUGGAGGGGACGGGGAGCGGUCAGAUGUCGCCCCGCUCCAGACUGCGAAGUCCCUUGCCGAGUCGGACGCCGAGGUCACAGUCGUCCAACGGUACGAGCUCUCCGGACUCAGACAGACAGGACAGAAUGAGUAAAGCUAAAGAGCUGUUUGAGCUGUGUGAUAAAGAGGGGAAAGGAUUUAUCACAAAGAGAGACAUGCAGCGGCUUCAGCAAGAGCUUCCUCUGUCUCCUGAGCAGCUGGAAUCAGUGUUUGAGAGUUUGGACAGAGACAGAAAUGGUUACCUCACACCCCUUGAGUUCCACAUGGGCCUAGGAGAGCUUGUAGGUUCUGGGCCAGAGGAGAGACCGAGGAGCAGAGAGGGAGAGAUGAUCGGAGAGGAGAGAGUAGAGCCGAUGGAGAUCCGAUUCACACAAAUCCUAAUGGAGCUGGGAGCUGAUAAACUCUUUAAAGAUCAGUGGGAGUUGUGUACACUGUGGUGUGAGCUCCAGAGAGACAAACCUGAACUCCUGGGAGUUUUGGAGGAGGUUCUUUCCUACACUGUGUCUCAUCUUCAGGAUGCACUCAAAGAGAAAGACAAUUUAGAACAGGCACUGCGCAGGAGAGAGGAUGAUCAUGACAGAGUGGUUCGGUCCAUGUAUGAAGACAUGGAGAGUCAGUUAAAAGAGGAGAGAGAGAAACGACAAGCUCUGGACAGCAUGAAGCAAGGAGACAAGAAAGAGCAGCUACUGCAGGAACUAAGGAUGCGAGAACAAGAACUUGAGUUCACGCUCACCAAGCAGAGAGAGUUGGAGAGCAGGAUCAACGCUCUGAGCAAUGAUCAGGCUGACGCUCGUGGCGAGAACCGCCGUCUGCAGAAUGUCAACCAACAGCUGCAGGACCAACUGGAGCAGAGCCGAGAGGAACUUCAGCACGCUUCGAGCCAAUUACAACAACUACAGAACAACAUCAAACAACAGCAGAAGGGCAAAGAGAGAGAAGUCCUGAAAGUGUCCCGAAACAUGCAGAAGGAACGUGAAAGCCUCAUGAGACAACUAGAUCUUCUCAGAGACAUGAACAAGCGUCUUCGUGAUGAUAAAGAUGCCCAUCAGACACAGAAGAUGGUUAGUCAAAAAUACCCCUUCAUGUCUUCCAGUCCUUACCCACCAUGCCGGUGCGUUCACGCCAUCUCGCCGUGGAUGCGCUCUAUUUAUCCGUAUUAACCCUGCCUUUUACACAUGUAACAUUACCCACAAUGCAUAACUGAAGAAGGUGCAGCAAAAUGUGAAUGUAAAUGGAUGUAUUUAUAUGGGUUUCCAUGAGCCCAUGUUCCCCCGGGAAUUCGAAAGGUUGCGGAUGAUGCAAGCCACACCCUUUUCUGGAAUAUUCACACUUUCCAGGUGCAGCUCUGUUUAGUUUAAGCUCAGGAAAGCUUGUUCCAGUCAUCAGCCUCUAAGAGGAACAAAUAAUGACUUAAAGGAAACUUUGAACUCAACGAAGACCUUGUGUGAAAUAUCUGAAACUGUGAAUAUUGAAUUCAGCCUUGUUCUCCAAUUAAACAAGUCACAAGAUUGUUCUUUGUUCGGUCUGUUACAGAAACACGUGUGAUUCCAAAAAAAUGGUUAUUAAUCACUUAAUCACUUAAUGCCCCUUAUAUUUUGUGUUAAAAAGAAAGCCAGUCAAAAAAAUAUGACUUAAUUUAAGUAAUUUACCAGUUACAUUUCAGCGCGUUGAAAUAUAUGGCACUUUACCUCAUUAACUCUUAUUUCAUGUAUUUUUAUUUUUUGUAUUUGUGAUUUAGUGCAAUUUUGUUUGGUAGUUUCUUUUGAAAUGAACAGUUCUGUCCAAUGACAGUUUAUGUGUUUGGUCUCUGAUUGAUGCAACAAAAGAACAAAAUAUGAUUUCAAGUUGAACAAAUGGUUAUGUUGUUAAGCAUUAUGACAGAAAACAAUAAAAAAUGUUUAUUCAUCUUGA